AUGGCGACUAUCUCAGUUCUUACCUUCGAUGCAGAGGGCCACCCGAUUAGGUUACACACCUGGCUCGACGACCUUCAACUGUACUUACAGAGCGAAUCUCGCGAUGGAGUUUCUCUUUUCGAGCAGACGUCAGGGUCCCUACCCGCUCCUGCCUGCCUAACUCGUUUGCAGUGGCUUACCCGAGAUGCUACUGCUCGCCUUGCUAUACACAACCACCUCUCGCUAGAUGAACGGGCCCAUUUUGGCCAUCUUAAGACCGUCAAAGUACUCUAUGACGUCGUUGUAGCUCGCUACUCUUCCCCCUUUACUGCUGCCCUAGGCCGUCUCAUGCUGCCGGAUCUGUUUCCCGAGCUAUCCGACUUCCGCACUGUCGCCGAUCUCGUCACCCACCUUCGCUCUAGUGACACCCGCUUCCGCGCUGCUCUCAGUCCCACCUUUCUUGCUGCAAACCCGCCCCCUAUGUACUUCACCCUUUACUCCCUCGUCGCCCGCCUCCCUGACUCUCUUCACGCAAUUAGGGAUCACUUCCUCGCCCUUGACCCCACCGAGCUCACUGUCGACUUGCUAGAGAAGCAGCUCCUCACGGCUGAGACUAGUGCCGUAGCUAUCGCUGCUUCUCGUGGCACUCCACGUACUCCCUUCUUUGAGGGGUGUUCUCCCUCUCUUCUUGCGCCCUCUGUUGCCUCUGCUGCUACUGUUGACUUGCUUCAUGCUGAGGGGGUUGUGGAGGUGGUGGUGGCGGCGGUGGUGGUGGUGAUGGCGGUGGCGGUGGUGGAGGUGGCGGCGGCGGCGGUGGUGGUGGUGAUGGCGGUGGCGGUGGUGGAGGUGGUGGCGGCAGUGGUGGUGGUAGCGGUGGUGGUGGCGGUGGUGGCGGCGGUGGCAGUAGAGGCGGCGGUGGCGGUAGUGGAGGCUCGGGGGGUGGACAGCGGCAGCAGCAGCGCCGGCCUGAGACGCUCACGCCCCAGCAGCUUUGUGAGAGUGACUGUUACUUGUGUGUGCCUCCAGAUCCUGGUAUAG